AUGGCGAACACAGACGACCUAAUGCAGGAGCUGUGCGGCGUGAGCGUGUCUGACAUCGACACCACGCAGAAUGCUGCACGGCAACUGCUGGACCAUUAUUUGCUCGCAACCGAGCGCGCAGUGCUGCAGAGUAACGCCAAGAACGUGAUCGAGGCUCAGCAGGCUCUCAAGGAUGACAGCGAGAUGGCUCCAGUUUUGGCAAUGGCAAAACUCAUUUGCGAGGGCGAGUACGCGGACGUAAUUCGUUUGCAAGAUGCACAGAAGAUACUACGGUCUGUGGCGCAAUUGCGGAGCAAAGAAAAGGACAACGAAGACGAGGACGCUCACAUUUGCGGCUGUAUCGCGUCGGCACUUCAGAGCUACUUAUUAGACCAAUGUGACAGCGCUGAGAGCCGCCUCGUGACUGCCUACCAGAUUAUGUUCGUCGGUGUCGCCUUCUUCGACAUGUACGUGCAGGCCAAUUAUACAGGACCGGCAUUUGAGAAGGAGACGCUGCGUGACGUGCUCGAUCUGGCCACUCGCCUCGUGUCUUCCACAGCUGACAGCAACGAUAAGAAGGCGCACAGCGAUGCGCUCGUGGCGCUGCAGGUGGACGGUGAGAGUCCAUUUUCCAUCUGCGAGUAUCCACAGUUCCUGCUCAUCGGGCGCUGCUUGCUGGACUUCGUGGGCAACCACGCGUACAAUGAUUGGUCCGUGGCUGCCAACGAGGUUGUAAGCGGCCAAAACGACAACGAAGUGUCGGAUGAUAUUGUCGAAGGACCUGCUAGACGCCAAAUUACUGGUGGAGCCGCUAUCCGUGCGCUUGGCGAGAUGUUAGAGGAGAUAAAGUCAGCUGCGUGGUGGAAUGCUCGUGCUGCUGUGGCACACGAACGUCUGCUGCUCGCUAGACAGCCAUCGAACACGCUGUGGUUUGAAGCUCGUCGUGGAUAUAUCCAGACGUUGAAGACCACCCAGCUUUUCGCCUUUGAGAAGGAUACUCAAUACCUGCUCGCUCGCGCGUACGUGGAGUGGGGUCUAGCUCAGCACUACUUUGACAAGAACAAGCACGGCAAAGCUACGUUCGCCCGUGCAAAGGAGAUUUCUGGUGUGAGCGUGCAACUCAGCGGAUCCUUGGGUAAACGCACCAAGUUCCAACAGAAGAGUGUGGCUCAGAUGGUAUUGCUGGCAGCAUCGAAGAAAGAGCCUGCGAGUGAGGAUGAAGACGCCUCCGUCUACGCCACAGCUGUGGCUGAAUCGACUCACGUGGACUUUGGCGGUAAGCAGGUCACGACAGAAGGUGAAAACGCUGUUUCGCCUGCAGACGGCCUCACGGCCGAGGAAGAGCAUAUCCAGAAGCUUGUACAAGAAGGUGAGGCUUCUUACCGCAACGUGAAUUUGGACCAGGUGGACCAAGACAAUUAUCUUCUGGAAAGCGUUGCAUUCGAAGACCGUAAGCUCACGCAGCAGGGAAAUUUGCAGAUCGUUGACCAGAUUGUGUUGUUGGGAUUAUGUCUGGACGUUAAGAACAGCAAUGCCAACGAUGGUUUGACCCGCGAGGAGAUGAUGCCGUACGUCACUCGUGUACUUGAGAACCCCAACAACUGGAUGGUAUACUCCACGGCACUACUGGAGCGAGCGUGGCUGGAAUGCGAAAGCUCAAAGCGUCGUGAACGCGCCGUGUUGCAGAUGCAAGCGCUGGUAGACCAGCACACUACACGCCUUACGAUCACACAGAACACGCUCCAGUCUAUCGCCGACUCGGCCCCAGCUCGUGAACGUAUGCAGUUUGUGUAUUCAUUGGCUUUCCCUCCACGAUAUGCACUUAAGCGUGAUCUGGCCGAGCGUUACUUCAAGCUUGGGGUUCUAGGCAGUGCUGUUGAAAUCUGCGAAGAACUCGAGAUGUGGGAUGACGUCGUCAAGUGCUACCAGCUCUUGGACAAGCCGAUGCGUGCAGAAAAACUUGUACGUGACCGUCUGGAGAUUGCGCCCACGCCGUUCAUGUGGGUCACGCUCGGAGAUCUCACCCAGGAGCCCUCACACUACGAGACGUCCUGGAUACUCUCCAAGCAGCGCUUCGCUCGUGCCAAGCGUUCACUUGGUCGCUACUACUUCGAGAAGGGAGACCAUGAAGCGGCUAUUCCUCAUUACGAGGAUGCAGUGCGUGUGGGUCCCAUGCACACUGGCGCUUGGUUCACUCUUGGUGCGAUCUCAAUGCGCAUCCACCGCUGGGCACUUGCUAUGCGUGCGUACACACGCGUUGUCCAACUUGAACCGGACAAUGGUGAAGCGUGGGGCAACUUGGGCUCUAUCCACUUGCAUAAUCAACGUUACGCAGAGGCCUUUGCGGUGCUGGAAGAAGCUCUGAAGCAGAAGCGUCAUAUGUGGCAGAUGUGGGAGAACUACGCUCUGUGUGCGAUGGAGACCAAACGCUACGGCGAAGCAAUGUAUGCAAUGCACCAGCUUCUGGACAUGCGUGCCAAGCACAAACGCCCUGUGGACAGCGAAAUGCUAGCGUGGCUUGUAGAAGCCAUCGUGUAUCCAGAGUCAUUGAAAAAAAUGCAGUAUGAGGCUGAUACCGAAGCUGGAGUCAUUCAAAAGGCCUCCUCGGACGAUGAGGAGGAUAUUGACCCCACUAGUGAGGAUGAAGACUUGGCAGAGCUUGAUGAGGCAGCGACAGCCACCGAUGCGACACCCCCGCGGUCCGACUCGCACCACAAAAAGCAACUGGCGAUGCUCUUCGGCCGCGUGACGUCUAUCGUGACGAACGACGCUAAGAUUUGGCAAGUGUAUGCGCACUUUAAUGACGGCGUGGAAGGCCGUGCCGAUAAAGCUCGUGACUGUCGACUCAAACAGUGUCGCGCACUGCAAGUUGCGGGCUGGGAGCGCGAAGAGCAAAAGGUGGAGGAUCUGUGUGCGGCCGCAUCUAAAUUGGCCGAGGACUAUUUGGCUGAAGGCACCAAGAAGGCCCUCUACUCGUGCCGUCUGUACAUUCGCGGCGUGCUUAAGAAAGCACAAGUGGACUUUGCGGAGCUAGAAGCUGUAAAGACGCUCGCCGCCGCGCUGGACGAGGUAAAUGCUCGGGAAGCGCAGCUCUAA